AUGGAGCGAAGGGUGGGAGGACGGACGGUAAGACUACAUAGAAGUACACCAAACAUCCAUCUUUAUCGCGAGAAAGAACUUUACGCACCCCGCGUUGCUCAAGCGCUCUUGUGCCGUGCGCGGGGGCGGAACGCGCGCGGGCGUGCGGCGGGGCGCGCGGGGCCGAGAGUGGUGAGCUGGGCACGGGGCGGGGAGGUGCGGGGCGGGGCGGACGGUGCCUUGAGCGGCGGGGAUCGGGUCGGGCCGGGACGGAGAGGACGCGGGCGCAGUUGCACACUUUCCGCCCAUGCCUCGCGCGAGCUGCCCAUCGCUAAUUGGAGCAGAGUGAAGCUGCGCUCGCGCGGCACGCGCACUCUCGCCACACGGCUGCGCACAGCGCCCUCUGCGCACGGAGCGACUGAAGCCGAGCCCUUCACACCACGCUGGUACGGCGACCUCAAAGAGCGGAUAAAGUUAUUUUCCUCUAAACAAUCCCUUUUCCAUGGCUCUAUGCCCUCGGCGGCUGACAGUGACUCUUCCAGUAACUCGACCUCAUCCACCGAGGCCCCCACGACCACCCCCGCCUCCGCCUCCGCUGACGCGUCGCCCUCCACCCCCACGGCGGAGGCGGCGCCCACCGCCAGCUCUUCGACGGCGGCGGCGGCGGUAGAGGGCGGCCCCACGGAGGCAGCGGACAACAAGACGACGGAGGCGCCCCUGGCGGCGGGCGCGCGCGACGGCUCGGGACGCGCCUUCGGUCUGGACAGCGGCGCCGGCGCCGACAACGCCACGGUGGAGAAGGGCUCCCUGCAGGACCUCAGCCUGGACGACAUCGACAUGACCAUGUUCAUGACCACCGAACCUGCCAACGAGACGCCCUGUGCUAUUUAUUAA